AGAGAGAGAGAAGCGCGGGGAUUGAUGCUGAGCGCUGAGGGAUGCUGAGAACGGAGAGACGGACACUAAAGACUGAGGGAUGGAUGCUGGACACUGCGAGCCCUGGUCAGCUUCAGUGAACUUCUGAGCAGCUUGAUCGGCAGCUCCACAGGCUUUUCAGACCUGCUUGACCAGCUGGACCGGAGGAGAGAGAGGAGAGAGAGGAGAGAGAGGAGAGAGAGAGAGAGGAUGCCGGUACUAGAGAGAGAACCAGCCAAAGAUUGCAGAGGCAGCAAUGUCCUGCCCAAAGUGCCUGUACCGGACCUGAAGCAGACACUGGACACGUACCUGAGAUGUGUUAAGCUCCUGGUCCCUGAGGCCCAGUUCCAGAAGACCAAGACCAUUGUGGAUAAAUUUGCCAAACCAGGUGGAGUAGGAGAGAUACUCCAGAAGAAGUUGUUGGAGAGGAGAGAGAAGACAGAAAACUGGGUUUAUGAUUACUGGUUGGAGGAUAUGUACCUGAACAACAGACUGGCUCUUCCUGUGAACUCCAGCCCUGUCCUGGUGUUCCCCAAACAGAGCUUUAGGAGCCGAGAGGACUCGCUCAGAUUUGCAGCCCAUCUCAUUUUGGGUGUGAUGGAGUACAAAGCUCUGCUGGAUGCGAGGUCCCUGCCACCGGACUACGCCCGUGGGCAGCAGGGUGGGACCGAGCUGUGCAUGGAGCAAUACUACCGUCUCUUCACAUCGUACAGGCGUCCAGGACUCAAGCAGGACUCACUGAUCACCCAGAGUAGCGCAGGAGCCAACAAAACACAAGACCCUGGUCAUAUUAUAGUGGCCUGCAAGAACCAGUUCUUCGCGUUGAAUCUGAUGGAAAAGUCCCGGAGGCUGAACGAGAGUGAUGUGCUGAGCCAGCUGCUCAAGAUCAGUAAAAUGGCGGAAAACGCAGAGGAGAGGCUCCCCCCCAUCGGCCUCCUGACCUCCGAUGGACGGACUGAGUGGGCUCAGGCUAGAGACGCCCUGCUCAAAGAUCCAGUCAACCGAGAGUCACUGGGGGUGAUUGAGCAAUGUGUGUGUGUGGUCUGUCUGGACGAGCCCACUGGAGUUCAGCCCACGGACUCCAACAGAGCCUUACUCAUGCUGCACGGCGGUGGCCACGACCAGAAUGGAGCCAACCGCUGGUACGAUAAGUCUAUGCAGUUUGUGGUUGGUGCAGACGGCGUGUGCGGCGUAGUGUGUGAACACUCACCAUUUGAGGGGAUCGUUCUCGUCCAGUGCACCGAAUACCUGCUGAAGUACAUGACUGGCAGUCCCAGUAAGCUGAGCAGGGGCUCCAGUGUGACUGAGCUUCCAGCUCCACGCAGGCUGCCCUGGAAGUGCUCUCCUCAGGUCCAGGGCAUGCUGGCCUCCUCUGCGGAAAACCUUCACAGGCUUGUGAAAAACCUGGACAUGGAGGUGUUCACUUUCAGAGCUUAUGGGAAAGAGUUCAUCAAGAAGCAGAAGAUGAGUCCUGAUGCUUAUGCUCAGGUUGCGCUGCAGCUGGCUUUCUAUAGAUGCAAUGGAAGAAUGGUGUCUACCUACGAGAGUGCCGCCACCCGCCGGUUCCGCGAGGGCCGCGUGGACAACAUCCGCUCAGCAACCCCAGAGGCUCUGGACUUCGUGAAGGCCAUGACAGACGAGAGAGCCUCCACACAGGAUUCAGAAAAGAUGGAGAGGCUGAAGAAAGCUAUAGACGCGCAGACUGAUUACACAAAGAUGGCUAUUACAGGCAUGGGAAUAGACAAUCAUUUGCUUGGUCUUCGGGAGAUUGCUAAGGAGCUGAAGAUGGACACCCCAGACGUUUUCACGGAUGAGACAUACCAACUCGGCCACCAGUUCAUCCUCUCCACUAGUCAGGUCCCCACUACAGUAGACAUGUUCUGCUGUUACGGUCCAGUGGUUCCUAAUGGUUACGGGGCGUGUUAUAACCCUCAGGCCGAGCACAUCCUGUUCUGCGUGUCGAGUUUUCGGGAGUGUACGGCUACCUCUUCGCUGGUGCUGGUCAAGGCCCUGGAACAGGCGCUUAUGGAUAUGAAGGAUCUGUGCAAUAAAUGCCACACUGGCAGUCGGGAAAAGGGAGCAGCCAAACCAGCCACACCCAGAAAGUGAGUUGUAAUCACAGGAGAGGUCUCACAGGCUGUGUCCCAAUAGUUUAUGCGAUGUCUUUAAGCUCCGUUGAUGUUACAAGCCUUACUGCUGUUUUCAGAUCUGAUCUUUAUGCCCUAAUGGUUCAGUUACAUCGUAUACAGUGCUGUGCAAAAGCCAAAAGCAGCAGAUAAAGAACCAUUUUAUUGAGCAGUCAAAAAUAAUUUGUUCAAAAAACCGUUUAAGUUAGAAUAAAUCGCUGCUGUUGGAAGAAAACCUUGUGCUCCAUUUCUGACGUUUUUCACGUUUUGACGUAAUUUGAAAAUACUGGUAGUCCUUAAUAUUUUAUGUGAAUUUCAUGGUGAAUGGGCGAAAAGAAACAGUCCAAAAUGACUUGGUAAAACGUCCUGGUUCCAUUGACUUACAUUCAAAGUAAAGUAGGUUUUUUCCUUCUCCUGUAAAAUUUCCGUUUUUAAGAUACCAGGUUUUCUUCUGACAAUACAGUCAAAUACAAAUAAACAAACAGCCAAUCCCUUGUGGCUGUUCUGUGUGUGAGCGCUCGUUUAACCUUUUUCCAAAUCUCUCCUUGAGGACGUCCAGUGUUUACAGUUACCAAUCUGUACCUACUUGAGUUACUGAUGUUUAUUUGUAUUUAUUCUAAAGUCGAGUCAAAAAUGAACUUAUUGCCAAGAUGAAUAGUUUUGAACAACUGUAUUAGGUGUUGCACAGAGAUGUAUGUCAGGCAACUGUAUCAGAUUGUGGACACUUAAAAUCAUAUGCAAAAGUUUGGGCACCCCUGCUCGAAUUAUGUUUUGUUGAAGUUCUAAGUGUGAAUAAGUGAGCACACCCUCUACAGAGAACACACCUCUGCACAUUUUAAUACACAGUUACUGUUUAUUUAUUGAGUCAAACAUACAGGGAAAAAACGCAGCCCAUGCAAAAGUUAUGGCACCUUUAUUGCCAUUAUACAAGUGCACUGAGACUCUGAGGUUCAGUGUGCACUUCACUACAGGCCACGUAAGUCAAAAUAAAAUAAAAUGCUUUAUUUUAAGUUUCAUUUUUUUCCGUUAUGUUAAACUCAGCAAAUUAGAGCCCUGCUGGUGACAUCCUGUAUAAAUAAAAAUAAUGUGUGUACGCGGCUUAG